ACUCGACAUCCUCAAUCCACGGCAUUAAUCUUCGACCUUGAGAUAUAUAUUGUCAUUCAAUUGGAGAUACGAGGAAUAACAGAGGAAAAAUGGUGCUCAUUUGUCCACGACUUCAUUUAUUUGAGAUCAAUGAUCAACCCUGGUUUCCCCAAUACCUCCGUUUAAAGGUUCAAUCUUGUCUAACCCUCUGCUGGACCUUCCGCGUCCCCAUCAUCCAACCCUCCUCCCCUGCCCAAUUAGUCGCCACAACCCUCUCUCGAGUGCUCUCCAACGACGUCACAUCCUAUACUUAUGUCGAUUUCUGUGCCGGAGCCGGGGGUCCCACUCCUUAUAUCGAAGUGUACAUGAAUGCACAUUUGAAUCACUCCUCUACUUCUACCACCAAUGCCUCGACCACAUCAAUCGCAAACCAUGAAGUCUCAUAUGCCGAAGUCGCAGCUACGCCAAAAAAUCAGAUAGACGGACUCGCUCUGCGCUCACCACGUCCUGUUAAUGGUGAUGAUGGAUAUGGGAAAGUACAAUUUGUUUUAACGGAUUUACAUCCUCAUAUACCCGAUUGGACAGAAGCAUCGAAACGCAGCGAGAAUCUCAAUUUUAUACCUGAACCUGUCGAUGCAGCAAAUGCGCCGAGAGAUCUGUUGAAGAAUGUCAACGGUGAGACAAAUGGUGUACAUGGCGAGACUAAAGUUUUUCGAUUGUAUAAUUUGGCUUUUCAUCAUUUCGGCGAUGAAUUGGGAGGCGAUAUAUUGAAGAACACGGUGGAGACUGCGGAUGGUUUUGGUAUAUUCGAGCUCCAAGAACGCACUAUUUCCUCCUUGAUAACCAUGUUCGCAAUGGGCAUAAUGAUGCUCGGAAUUACUCCCUUCUACUUCUGGCGCUCUCCUGGUCAUCUAUUCUUCACAUAUGUUAUACCAAUUAUCCCUUUCGUGCUAGUGUUUGAUGGAAUCAUAAGUUCUGUAAGGACCAGGAGUGCAAGUGAAGUAGAGGCAUUGAUGAAGAAGAGUGGCGGUGAUACCAAUGGGUGGAAGGUGUUGAGUGGGAGGGAGAGACAUACAUGGCCCACGGGAUAUAUGACUUGGGUUAUGGGGGUUAAGGAGUAGCGUGAGAGCGAUGGAUCCCGGGGUUGGAACACAAGGCCGACCGUAGUAAGUUAAUUAUGAAAUGCCUAAGUUAGCCUACGGUUUCUUUGGAAUCGUUUGUAUCGCAGCAGUUGUGGUUAUGAAGCCCCUGCUAGAUUCACCGAACUUCUUUCACUCGAGGUGGAAUUUGUUAGGAGAAAAUAUGGAUUGUAAUCCGAAAUUGUAAGAUGGUUAGACAAAAGUAAUGAAUCUAUAAUUUAUCAUACUUGCUC